CGAAAUCGAUCCGGAACCAUUUUUUGAUUGCCACCCUAUUGGAUAGUGCCCCUUCUACACAAUUAGUUAUGGAAAAAGAUAUCUUAUUUAUCAUCUUCUCUGUUCCAUAUCUUUAUCCACCAUAAUUUUGUGCAAAGCUCAUUAAUUUUCAUUGUUCCACUUUGCGCUUAUCGUGAAAAUAGGAGGAACACUUUCUUCGCAGGUCUUUUUAUUUUCAAAUCGCCAUUCAGAUCUGCAACUCUCCCUCCUUAAUUUUUCCUUACAUUUUCACGACAUCUUCUCUCUAUAAACUACAUUCUCUCGCAAACUUCAGAUUUGUUUAAGCUUUUCAAAUGAUGUGGAGAUUCUUUGUUUUUGUUCUCGUGGCUCUCUUCUCUCUACAAUAUGCUUUAUGUGACCAUACGCCGGAGAGUUCACCGAGUCUGGCUCCCGCCGACUCUCCCUCACCGUUGUCCCCAUCGCCGGUGUCCGGAUCUCCGGCUUCAGAGAACUCUCCACUGUCUUUGCCGCCGAAUCCACCGGCACCUUCUCCUACAGAACUUAAUGCCGCUCCCACACCUUCACCUGCGACUUCUCCUGCUCCUGCUCCAGCGCCGAAGGAUGCCAGCGAGGUGAAUCACGCUAAUGACGAAUCGAAGGGCUCCUCUGACGGUAUGAGCGGCGGCAGGAAGGCGGGAAUUACGGUCGGAGUGCUCGCUGCUGCUGGUGUGGUUGGAUUGGGAGCGUUUGUGUACAAGAAGCGCCAGCAAAAUAUCAGACGAUCUGAGUACAGUUAUGCCGCGAGGCGCGAGUUUCUGUGACUAUGAAGAUACUGGUUUCUUCUCCAGAGGUUAUUUAUCGGUUAGGUUAUAAUUCGUAUACUGCUAUUUCUUUGAUUCUUGAUUAUUCUUUGGAGAUUUUGAAAUACUCUUUCUUUCGUUAAAAUUAUGAGGAAUGUUAGUUGAUAUGAGUCAAAUUGUGCGGUAAUAGACCAUUUGUUAUAGAUUUAUAGAUUGCGCUUCCUUAUAUAUCAGUCU